CCAGCUGGCCCGGAGCCCUGCGCUGGCCAUGGCCUACCAGGAGCUGUCCGGUUCGCUGGCCGACACCGUGCAGCGCUAUCGCAAGGACCCGAGCGGCUGGCGGAGCUGCAAGCGCACGAACGAAGUUUCGAUUUAUUGGAGACCAUCAACCGAGUUUUCAGGCAACAUAUACAAAGGAGAUGGAAUAGUCUCUGCAAGUCCUGAAGUUGUCUGGGAGUGCUUAAAACCAGUAGCUGGUGGACUUAGAACAAAGUGGGACCACAAUGUGAAAGACUUUGAGCUAAUUGAAAUGAUUAGUGAUACUAUCUCUAUAUGCAGAACUAUUACUCCAUCAGCCUUCAUGAAGAUUAUUUCUCCAAGAGAUUUUGUAGAUGUGGUGCUAAUUAAGCACUAUGAAGAUGGGACUAUAGCAUCUGCUGCAACCAACGUGGAACAUGAACUCUGUCCUCCCCAUCCCAGCUAUGUGAGAGGGUUUAAUUAUUCCUGUGGUUGUUUCUGUAUACCUGUUUCAGGGGAACCAGGCAAGACCCAGCUCCUCACUUUCUUUCAGACUGAUCUUGGUGGCUAUCUUCCUCAGACAGUAGUGGACUCAUUCUUUCCAAGCAGCAUGGCUGGAUUUUACAGCAAUCUGACCAAAGCUGUGCAGACAGUGAAAACUUGACAGGCAUUUUCUCAAAGGAAAUUGAGUCUCAUUAUUAAGACGUAAAAAGGAGGGUAAGAAACACUGUUACUGGUGGCAUAACAGAUUAGAUUAAGACCGUGGUUCUUUCACUUUUUGGCCCGUGUCCACUCUGUUCAAUGCAGACCUUUAAGUGGACCACCAGCCAACCAUCCGUGAUGACAAAAUGGGUGUAGGAGAGGAUGGAGGUUGGGUGCAGGAGCAGGCUAAAGGUCGGGGGGAGGUCGAGAU